UUAGGCUCAUUCAACUUAAUACCCUGCUGCGCAGACCUGGCUGAACGUAAUGUAUGCUGGACUUUUACACAAUAGAAACAUACUUUGUGUUAUUGUUUCUUUUACUUUCUAUGGUGUUAUCGUUCAGACCAUAGACGGUAUCAGUUGCAUGAAGUCGAAUACGCCGUAUGAUGACUCAAAACUUCCGGCUUGAAGACACUAUACCAAAACAAAAGCAACUACUGGAAAAUGGUCAAUAAAUGCCACACAAUGAUCACCAAAAAUAAUGCAAAACAAACCAACUAGCUGGCAAUAAUAUGCUAAAAGCGAAGGAAAGCUAAAAACAAAAUAUGCUGCUCGGAUGAAGGGGGGGAACCUGACAUAGCCUAUAUUAUGAAAAGUUCUUGGCCUGAUGGCAUCGGUCCUUUUGGUUCAAAAAACAAACUAACUAUACAGGCUAUAGCAGAGAACUUCUAAUAAGAGGACUAUGUGACCUAUAUAAUUACAGUUACAAUUAUAUGGGUGUUAAAACUGCUUAAGCAAUGCUAAAACUGCUUAAGGUCCCUGGUCGUCUUACAUUUUGCGUCACAUGAUUCCUAAAGGAAAUGUGUCUUCUGCUACUGUCGGUGGUUGGUUGGUGCUCUUAAACAAGCUUAACAGUUUUUGGCAGUCUUAGCGGAUACCGAUUUGGACACAGUAUAUGAUACAAAGGGUUUCCAAUGGAUCCAACUGCCUCGGGUGUCUUUUGCAGCAGAAUGCUUAGCAUGGUCAACUCUGAGGAUGUAAAUGCUAUCAUUCAAGCACAAAGACAUAUGCUUGACCGUUUUGAGAAGACUAACGAAAUGCUCAUCAACUUCAAUGGCUUGUCCAAUGUGAGACUUCAGCAGAUGAACGACAACUUUCUAGUUCACACUCGGACUCUGCUUGAGAUGAAGAAAGAUCUAGACAGCAUAUUCAGGAGGAUACGGACAUUGAAAGGAAAGGUCGCUAAGCAGUACCCUGAAGCAUUUAGCAAUAUUCAUGAAUCCCCUGUCCUUGAGGAAGAGGAUGAAGACUUUGAUCCAGUCCCACCCAGUAUGGCAACAACUACAACCACUGCCACUUCGGAACAGAGCACAGAAUCUUGUGAUUCAAGCCCUGAUGUCAUCUCCCCAACUGUAAGCCGUUGCUCUGAUGACCUCUCCCAAGAGCAGCCAGAAACUCCUACCCUUAAUAGUCCUGAAAGAACUGAGCUACAGGAUGAAGGUCCAGAUUAAUUUGAAAAAUACAGUCUAUUAAAAGAACUUUGAUGUUUUGAUCUGAUGUUUGCUAAGUGUCCACGGUGUGGCCAUGCAGCCACUUGUUGUUGAAAAUGUUUAUCGUGGUGACCAUGCUAAGGUAUAGUGUGUUGUUGUCACUCAUAUUUAUGUCCAGUAUUGGCCAUCUGUGGUAAAAGCAUGAAUUUAUUUAUUUAACAUUUAUUGACAACUAAGCAUGGCUGGGUUAAUUUUCAUUCAAAAUGGCUGUCUGGUUUGUUUCUGAAGCAUACUGACACAUUGUAAUUAAAUUUAAUUAAGUUGUACAACCUUGAAA